CCUUAUGGUGGUAUACCACAAUAUGUUUUUCGAAAAUGCUGUUUUGCCCAUCAGCAUGCUGUAACAUUCAUACUUAAUGCCUCUCCAUUAUUCGGUGAAGUGCCUAGUAUUUGGAAAGAUGUUCUUGUAACCCCCAAUUCCAAAACUGAGUGGCAUUACGAAAAGAGGGUUCAUACCAUCAUAACAACAUGGAGCGUCAACUAUAACAUUCAUGUGUGGUUCGAUGUACGAUUGGGUAACCGGCCUCAACAGUGGCAAGUCGAUUGCAUAUCAUAUAUUUUGACUAACCAAAGCGUUCCACAAAAAUGGUUGGAAUCGUAUUUAAAGGAGAGGUAUAUGAUGGUUAGGGUCGGCAAUCAGUAUUCUGGUCGCCACUUAUGUUCGGGUGGUGUGCCACAAGGAGGAGCACUUUCGCCACUGCCGUUCUUGAUAUACAGGGGGCAAAGAAAGUCCCUUUGA